AUGCCAGGCUCAAAAGCUAGCAUGGCUGUGCAGGAGACACACAGGGACACCCCUCCAUCGCAGGGACCCCGCUCUACUCGCUCCACCGAGAGCCAGAAGAAGAGGAAUGGAUACGAGAGAGCAGGAGACAUCGUCGGUUCCAUCAAACCAAAGAAAUCCGUCUGUCCGGUCAACAAGGUCGCCCAGAUGUGCAACACAGUGGCCAAUGGACCAAAUAUUGCAGAGCGGCUCAAGGCAGCGCGGGAACGAAGAGAAGAGCAGGAGAAGCUACUCGCCUCUCGGGAGCAGAGCCGGCUGGAGCGGGAGGAGCGGGCCAGGCGGUACCACGAGCAACAGCUGCAGGAGCGUAAGGAUAAAUUCCAGAACCAGAGGCUGAAGGAGGAGAGGAAGAGGGCCGCCGUGGAGGAGAACCGCAAAUACCAACUGAAGGAGGAGAAAGAGCGAUAUGAAUCUGCGGUGCGUAAAGCGGAGGAGAAGAGCCAGCGGGUCCAACAGAGCCUCAUUCGAAACUCAAGAGGCAGGAAACCCACGAAGAGCACGCCUCGUCGCUUGCCUCUGACCUCAUGGGAGAGGAACCUGGUCAUUCGCCUGCUUACCCCCACAUGCUCGUAUCUGGCGAGGAGCAAGAGUGCUGUCUGUCAGUCGGGAGAAGAAGUUGUCCACAUUUGUCGCCGUGCAGUUUCAUUCCACUCCAUGACUCCCACCAUCACCGUCCCUCACAAACCCCAGCAGAAGCCCCCCACCCACAUGCCAUCUGCCCCCCCGCGGCCCAGCAACAGCCAGCACAGGAGCCCCAAUACGGCACAGAUCAAAGUGGCGAGACAGCAAAGUGCCAAUGAGAAGAAUAACUCAAACGCCAGAUCCCCUGCUGCCAUCAAGACCGCCGUGAAACCAGCCAGGGUCAAACAAGGCCCCACGACCUCCCCAACGACCUCCCGAACGACCUCCCCAACGACCUCCCGAACGACCUCCCGAAUGACCUCCCCAACGACCUCCCGAACGACCUCCCCCUCGCCCGAACGGAACCGCCGGAGAUCCGUCCCCCGCAGACUCUCGACCCCGCUGGUGCUCGAGCUCCCGUCGGUCCCCGAGGAAGACGUCGCAUACUGUAGCCCGGCCCUCUCCCCCGGGAACGCCAGGCCGGACAAAGGUCAGCGGGAGAAAACGAGGGAUGAGAAUCCACCUGCUCCACCCAGACCAGAGGGACACGAAGGUCCUCCUCAUCCUCCCGAAGUCGUGCGCAGACCUUCGGCCGGGACGACAGACUUGGGGGAGGCGUCGCGACUCCUUGCGGAAAAAAGGAGAGAAGCCCGACUUCAACGCGAGGAAGAGGAGGAGCGAGGGCGCCUGCAGAGAGAGGAGGCCGAAAGGAGGAGCCGCGAAGAGCUGGAGGGCAAGAGGGCGGAGGAGCGAGCGCGGCAGCGGGCCGAGGCUCAGCGGCUCGUCGAGGAGAAGAGGAAGAGGGAGGAAAAGGAGCAGAGGAAGGCCGAGGAAGAGAGAGCCGAGGCCGCGAGGGAGGCCGCCCUCCUGCAGAAGCAGAGAGAGGAGGAACAAGCCAAAGAGAGGGCAAAGGCAGAGCAGCUGAACCAAGAGCGAGAAGCACUCGCCCAGAAAGAGGAGGCAGCGCGCCAAGUGAGAAGGAAGCGACUUGAGGAGAUCAUGCGGAGAACCAGGAGGACAGAUCCUCCAGUUACGAAAGCCAGUAUUUUGCCAAAUGUAGUCCAACCGAAGGAAAACACGGAGCCCGUCAACAAGCUGCCGAAGACCGGAGUGAAGCUGGAGGUGAACAACGAGGAGGACGUGGCGGUGCCCGUGGUGGCCUUCAAGGAGCGCCGGUCCCUCAGGACCCUCACGGGCCUGGAGGAGAUCCAGAGCCACCAACGAGCGGAGGUCAUCUGAAGAGCCUGCAGACAGACGCUGACACGCUGCUGGGGUUUCUCCCCGCGAAGGAGCAUGUAGAGGCACUCGGGACCUCAGCAUCCCAGCACCUUUCUGCGCGUAAACCCAGAGGAGCGAAUAUCGGCCAUGUUGUUUCUUUCUUUCUUCGAUACAGCUAAUGAGGAAGAUUUUUAUUUAUUUUUAAACAGUAGAUGCAGACAGUGAUGAAAUACUAGGAAAAGCCAUUCUAACAAAUAGCUACAUAUGUUAGCCGUGCUUUUUUUGCUUAUUCUGGAUUUUUAUUGCAAUCCAAGCACUUUUCUUCCUCCCUCUGUUUUGUCGCUGUGGAAUUAGAAACAGUUCCAAGACCACAGGUUAAAGUUUAUGUUGAUUCUUUUUCUUUCCCUUUUGAUUAUAGCAAGUAUAGCAAUCACAUAUUUCAAAGCUGCUAAGGAACUUUGUUUCCAAAAGACUUUGCUUCGGUGUUGUUUUGGAGAAUACGACGCACAAAACCUUUAUUGCACUGACGCUGUUUGACUUUGUUUGAUCCGUUACAUGACUUUGAAAGCAAAGUUGAGGCGUAGAGGUUAAGAGAGUUUAUUAUAAUAAAAGCAUAUAAAAAAACAAAUGUAUCGGAUCAUCAAUAUUUGAUCCUAUAGUUUAAGUAUUGCUUGUAACUAUCACUUGUUAAAAAAGUUGAACUAUAUAUGACAUAUUUCAUUAAAAGUUGACACUA